GUUACUCCGCUGCAGAGGCGAAGUGCCUCGGCAUGCUCCAGCCGGCGGAGCCGCUCCGUGAGACGCUUGGCUCUUCCACCGCGAUGCGUUUGGUUCUCUCGCGUGUUCCUCAUCCUGUGGCCUUGAAGCGGGUCACGCUUUGUUAGAGCUGCUCUAGCGCCGUUUCUGUGAGAACGACAACGUGAAGUUCGGCGUAAAGUGGAAGCCAUGGGCACUUUGCGUGACCUCCAGUACGCGCUGCAGGAGAAGAUCGAGGAGCUGAGGCAGAGAGACGCGCUCAUCGACGAGCUGGAGUUGGAACUGGACCAGAAGGACGAGCUCAUCCAGAAGCUCCAGAAUGAGCUGGACAAAUACCGCUCCGUGAUCCGGCCGGCAACUCAACAGGUCCACAAGCCCACCAGCGCGCUCCAGGAGCAGCAGAGGACCAAAAGGCAGGCCAUUUCAGCCGAGCCAACAGCCCUGGACAUCCAGGACCUCAGUCACGUUACGCUGCCCUUCUACCCAAAGAGUCCAGAGUCCAAGGAGUUAAUCAAAGAAGCCAUUCUGGACAAUGAUUUCAUGAAGAACCUGGAGCUGUCUCAGAUUCAGGAGAUAGUGGAUUGCAUGUACCCAGUGGAGUAUGACAAAGAGAGCUGCAUCAUUAAGGAGGGGGAUGUGGGGUCUCUUGUCUAUGUUAUGGAAGAUGGCAAGGUGGAGGUGACCAAGGAAGGCAUGAAGCUGUGCACCAUGGGACCGGGCAAGGUGUUCGGAGAACUGGCCAUCCUCUACAACUGCACCCGAACAGCCACCGUUCAAACUCUCACUAAUGUGAAGUUAUGGGCCAUCGACCGCCAGUGUUUCCAGACCAUAAUGAUGAGGACAGGACUCAUCAAGCAUGCUGAGUACAUGGAGUUCCUAAAGAGUGUUCCAACAUUCCAAGGCCUUCCAGAAGAAAUACUCAGCAAACUGGCGGACGUGCUGGAGGAGACUCACUAUAAUGAUGGAGAAUAUAUCAUCAGACAGGGGGCCAGAGGAGACACCUUCUUCAUUAUCAGUAAAGGAAAGGUGAAUGUUACCCGGGAAGAUUCGCCCAACGACACUGUUUACCUGCGUGCCUUGGGGAAAGGGGACUGGUUUGGAGAGAAAGCCCUUCAAGGAGAGGACAUCAGGACAGCCAACGUCAUCGCUGCCGAGGCAGUCACCUGCCUGGUCAUCGACAGAGAUUCUUUCAAGCAUUUGAUUGGAGGUCUGGACGACGUCUCGAACAAAGGCUAUGAGGAUGCUGGAGCCAAAGCAAAAUACGAGGCGGAGAACGCCUUCUUCUCCAACCUGAAGCUGGUGGACUUCAAUAUCAUCGACACCUUAGGCGUGGGAGGAUUUGGACGAGUUGAGCUGGUGCAGCUCAAAAGUGAAGAGACCAAGACAUUUGCAAUGAAGAUUCUGAAAAAGCGUCACAUCGUAGACACGCGGCAACAGGAGCACAUCCGCUCCGAGAAGCAGAUUAUGCAAGAGGCCCAUUCAGACUUCAUAGUGAGGCUGUACAGGACAUUCAAAGACAGCAAGUAUCUGUAUAUGUUAAUGGAAGCUUGCUUGGGAGGAGAGCUGUGGACCAUUCUUAGAGACAGAGGCUCGUUUGAGGACUCCACAACAAGGUUUUACACAGCUUGUGUGGUGGAAGCUUUCGCUUACUUGCAUUCCAAAGGCAUAAUCUAUCGGGAUCUCAAGCCAGAAAACCUCAUUCUAGAUCACAGAGGCUAUGCCAAGCUGGUGGACUUUGGUUUUGCCAAAAAGAUUGGAUUUGGGAAGAAGACGUGGACUUUCUGUGGAACGCCGGAGUAUGUAGCCCCAGAAAUUAUUCUCAACAAAGGCCAUGACAUCUCAGCAGACUACUGGUCAUUGGGUAUCCUCAUGUAUGAGCUCCUGACUGGCAGCCCUCCGUUCUCAGGACCUGAUCCAAUGAAGACAUACAAUAUAAUUUUGAGAGGUAUUGAUAUGAUAGAAUUUCCCAAGAAGAUCACCAAAAAUGCUGCCAAUCUAAUAAAGAAACUAUGCAGGGACAAUCCGUCUGAGAGAUUGGGAAACUUGAAAAAUGGGGUGAAAGACAUCCAAAAGCACAAAUGGUUUGAAGGCUUUAACUGGGAAGGGCUGCGCAAAGGAACUCUCACCCCACCGAUUAUCCCUGAUGUGUCAUCGCCCACCGACACCAGUAAUUUCGACAGUUUCCCUGAGGACAGCGAGGAUCCGCCGCCUGAUGAUAACUCAGGCUGGGACGCUGAUUUCUAAACCCAGGCCACGUGAAGUGCCCAGAUCAGCCCAUAAUGAUUGUGGACCUCCAGGACAUGGCUGUGUUUGAGUGACUGCUGCUCGAGGAGGUGGACAUUGAAAAAAGGAACAGUCCAGCUCUGGGUCACCAUGAUGCCUUCUACCAAUGCUGCUCCCCCUCCUGCAGCUACAUUGGGAUGUCCCAGCUCCCUGCAGCACUAGACAAGUACCAUAACCGUCCAAGCUCCAUUCGCUCCUGUGCGAUUAGCCCUCGGCCUCAGACAGUCCUGGAAGCAGACUGUGAUAGCUUCAUCUCAUAUAGCGUUAUUUCUCUUCGUUCGUGGUGCCCUUACUCUUCGGUUUCAUUUGCCUUUCACUGAUAGCUCAAGCAGCGCUGUCAGCUAGUGCAUAGAUUGCACUUAAAGAAGGGAGUAUUGGAGAACACUUGGAGUGGUACUGACAAAGUUCCAUGGUCUUUGGUUUAAUCUGAGCUUUAAUUUGUUAGUCACUAUAACAAUAUAUGAUAAUGCAUAUACAUGGUUAUUACUUUUGAAAUAUACACUUUCCAAUGCCACACCUGGUUAUACGCAGAGGUACUGCACAUGAUACAUUUGCAGGGACUUAAGGUCCUUAAGUUAGUGAAAUGCCUUUCUUUAUUAAUCCCUUUUAAGGCCUUUUAUUUUGUUCACAUUUUUUUUCUCAUGCUUAAAAUCCCACUUAUGUGUACUAUUUGUUUUUAAAUCACUUUAAACCACAGCAACAACACAAGUGCAUUGCGUUCAUUCAUCCAUUCAUUUGCGUUAUACCAAAUCUGACUUAAGCACGGCUCAGUGCCUACAGGUUUCGUACCACCAGGGGGCAGGCUGUGACAAAUCCAAGUGAUCCUUAGUGUGCCAGUGUGAAGGCAGCAGUCAGAGCACAGAGAAACACAUGAAGAAUCAGCAGAGGACAUCAUCAUGAACAUGCUGUCAUGCUGCCGUUGGACCCAGUCACGAAUGCCAGCCACGCAUGUAUCAGACCUUUCAACCUUUCACGCAAAGCAGGCCCACAGUCCACUCCAUCCAUCUAAACGAUGACUAGAAGACUGCCUCCUGAAGGCUGACGAUAGCUUGAACAGAAACUACUGUGCUGGAAAACAAAUUAUGGAUUUUUUUAAUUUAUUGUAGGACCAGAGGUGAAUAUUUGUGUACAUAUUCAGUGCUAAUAUUUUGUGAUACUCGUAGAAAAGAAAGAAAAGUUUAUUGUCAGAGUAAAUCCAGCUAUAUUGUUUAAUUUGUUCGGAAUAUGUUUUACCUGUAUGGUGUUUUGUAGAGUUGGUCGAUCUCCUUCGUCCCCUACUUCUCCAAUGACUCCAUGACAGAGAUCGUGUGCUUGUCACAGUUUUUGGCAUUAAUGGAAGUGCCUUAACACAAUGGCAUUCGACAUCCACCCCAAUGUUUGUUUCGAUGCUGCAUGACUAGGUCAGACGCCUCAGAAAAAUGUAACCCUUACUCGUUUGUGGCUUUUUUUAAGGUUCAGCGAUUUAUAUGCCGUUUUCUUACAAUAAAAGCAUCGUUCGAAUUAAA